GCGCAUUUAAAUAACAAAGUGGCAUUGUGUCAAGUCAUUUGUACGAGUGUUGUCGUCCAUCUUCAAAUCAUUCCUUUCUGUUGCCCAUUUCGGCGGAAAAAGACCCAUCAAACAGCGGAGGCCCAUCGUAACCUUACCAUGGUCACCCACAUCAACGAUAAGGCCGACCUUGUGUCGAAGCUCACCGAUGCCGGCGACCAACUUGUCGUCAUCGACUUCUUCGCUACUUGGUGCGGGCCAUGUAAAAUGAUUUCGCCGAAAUUGGAAGAGUUGGCUCAGGAAUUCCAAAACGUGCACAUUUUCAAGGUGGAUGUGGACGAAUGCGAAGAUAUCGCGAUGGAAUAUAAUAUUUCGUCAAUGCCUACUUUUGUUUUCGUGAAGAAUAGUCAAACGAUCACGCAGUUCAGCGGCGCCAACUAUGAAAAGCUCAGACAGUUGGUAGUGGAGAACAAGUAGAUUGUUUCGUUUUCUUUAAUUUUUUCAUGUACUUUUAACACAAAUAUUUGCAAAAAAAAAUUGUAAUCCGAGCAUUUUUCUUGAUUCAAUGCGUAGGUUCUGUUAUUUUUUAUAUUAAUUGUAUUUGAAAGCGUGAAUUGUUGUAUAUUUUGAGAUUCACCAAGUAGCGCCUUAAAUGAUGUAAAAGCAAAAUAAAGUCAUUAAAACGUAACAAAA